ACAUCACUAUAGAGAACCACCGAGAGGACAGCUAUGGACUGAAAACCAUCGAAAGGGGCAAUACACCGACUGGAAAUGUUCAAAUACGUCGCAAUAUAUCUAAAUGUAUAUCAUGAACACAGAUAUGAUUCCAAAAUUCACCUCGAAAGACGAGGAGAUUGACUUCUGGAAGACUCUUUCCCUCAAGUACCAGAAAAAUUGCCAGGAGGCCCAGGAGGAGCUGCUGGAGUUUCAGGAGGGCAGCAGAGAGCUGGAGGCAGAGCUGGAGACCCAGCUGGGCCAGGCCGAGCACCGCACGAGAGUCCUGCACUCUGAAAACAGCAGGCUCAAGAAAGAGGUGGACUCACUCAAGGAAAAACUGGAGCAGCAGUAUGCCCAGAGCUACAAACAGAUCAACAUGCUGGAGGAUGACCUGGGACAGACCCGGGGCAUAAAGGAGCAGCUCCACAAAUACGUGCGGGAGCUAGAGCAGUCCAACGACGACCUAGAAAGAGCCAAGAGGGCUACAAUUGUGUCCCUGGAGGACUUUGAGCAGCGUCUGAACCAGGCUAUCGAGAGGAACGCCUUCCUGGAGAGCGAGCUGGAUGAGAAGGAAUUUGUCCUGGUCUCAGUGCAGAGAUUGAAAGACGAGGCCAGAGACCUACGCCAGGAGCUUGCUGUCCGAGAGCGAAAUACGGACGUAACCAGGAUGUCGGCGCCCACCGCGCCCACCCAGGAGGACAAUGACAAGAUGGAUUACUCUGUCCAGGCCUCACUGUCUCUCCCUGCAACGCCGCUCGCGAAGAGUCUGGACAAUGCCUUCGCCAACCCCACAGAGUUGUCCAAUGGCCUUGGUAACUCACUGACUCCCUCUGCUAGAAUAUCAGCCCUCAACAUCGUCAGUGACUUGCUACAGAAAGUGGGGACUCUGGAGUCUAAGCUGACAGCCUGCAGGAACUUUGCCAAGGACCAGAAAGCCAGGAACUCUUAUGCCAUCACGGAAAAUGGGAACGUGAUCAACGGCAACACAGCCAAGUUCAACCAUAUACUACACACGACGUCGUCAUACUACGACAAAACGAGAGAGAGGGUCAUAUUCCCUGCAUUAAUUCUAGCCGGUGCUGUCCUUCUGUUUUUCCUUAUUGAGGUUGUCUUUCAAGCAGGGCGGUGAAUGGCCUGGACCCCGGCACACUGACAGCCAUCACAGCACCCCCCCUCUCCCUCCCCCCCUGACCUACUGCCUCUCAUUGUGUG